AUGUACACAUCGUACGUAGAUUCGGAUUCGCAGCUGAACAUGGGUAAGACUCGCGUUCCGGACGUGGACUUAGUCAUCGCAUUUCGAGCGACCAAGAAUGGCUCUCUGUCAAAACAGCAAAUCCGUGAAGAAGCGAGAAAGGCCGAACAACAAUACAAAAGGCUCAUCGAGACAUUGACGUACGCAGGGCUCAAAGCUGUCGGGCGGCGAGGCGAGGCAUUGGGACACAUUCUGGUCUUUGUGACUUGUCCACCAAAACAUGUAGAGGAGCUCGUUAAACGGGAACGACAUUCCGACUUCUUAUCUGGACUUCCCGUUACACCUUCAACUAGCGCAAUACCGUUAUCACCUUCUGAUCGUAUACGACUUGUGCAUGCGUAUAUCUCGUCGACCCCGACGGACGGGGGUCUUGGUAUUUCCAGCGAUGCUCCCGAAUGGGACCUUGUAGAGUUCAUCUUCCCGCUGCACGAUCGCGAAUUCAACGAGGCCUGGAUACGGUCAUGGAAACCACGUAAUAUAGCAUCAGUCCACCUUGAGCGUAUUAGGGAUCAAUUCGGAGAUGCUCUGGCUUUCUACUUUGCUUUUCUGUCGUCCUACACAAAGUUCUUGGUCGUUCCUGCAAUUUUGGGACUGUUCGCUCAUUUUAUGCUUCCCCCAUAUUCUCCCUACUACUCUGUGAUUCUUUGCCUAUGGUCGAUCGUCUUUGUGGAAUGGUGGCGUGUCCACGAACGGAUACUCUCCUUACGGUUUGGUACUCGUGGGUCAUUCAAGGUUGAGAAACGACGUGCGCAAUAUAAGCCUGGACUAAGAUGGUGGGCACGGGAACUACGCGUGCUUGCAAGCGUUCCCGUAAUUCUUUUGUUUGCCGGGAUUUUAACAACUAUCCUUACUGGCAUAUUUGUUUUCGAAGCUUUUGUGACCCAGUUAUACGAGGGUCCAGGCAAGAAGAUCAUCACCUUCACCCCGACUCUGCUCUUUGUCGUUUUGGUCCCCCGCGUUUUAGCUGUCUAUCAGGCCGUCGCUGUCAGGCUUACGAAUUGGGAGAACCACGCCCAUAAAUCAACGCAUAAUGCCUCACUAACUUUGAAAACAUUUGCCCUUAGUGCCAUUGUCGCUUAUAUGGGCCUCGGUCUCUCUGCUUUUGUUUAUGUUCCCUUUGGUGAGGGUGUCAUGCGAUGGGUUCAAGCUUGGCUAUUCGGCGGUGCGCAAACAAACCAUGGGAUUGCGGCAACACUUAGAGAUAUGCUAAACGGCACUGUUCUCACCAUUGGAAAGGAUUCCACUUUGGUCGCUGAUGCGGUCAAGGGUGUCUCCGAGAAAAUUCCUGACAGCGCUGCUUCUGUAUGGGACGCCAAUCCCAUGAACGCGACAGAGAAACUCAACCCAGGGAGGCUUAGAGAUCAGAUGUUUGCUUACACAGUUACGAACCAAGUGGUAAACACUUUCAUGGAGGUCGGUUUGCCAUUUGUUUUGAGGAGAGUCGAAGCUUUCAGGAAGAAUAAAGCAAAUGGGAAAGGCAAAGCGAACUCACAUGCAUCUGGUACAGUGUCAAUGGGCAGUAACAGCAGCUCGGCUUCAGAUAACGGGAACAGUUUGAAAAAACGUGUGGUGUUUGAAGAUGAAAAGGAACGAGGGGGCAUGGCUGAACGCGCAUUUUUGGACGGGGUUCGGGAGGAAGCGGCUCUUCCCGAAUAUGACCUCUUCGUUGAUUACAGUGAAAUGGUAGUUCAGUUUGGGUAUGUUGUGCUAUGGUCCACUAUUUGGCCCUUGGCAGGAGUCAUGGCGUUCCUCAAUAAUUUGCUGGAACUUCGUUCUGACGCCUUCAAGAUGACCGUACACAAUCGCCGGCCUAUCCCCUCACGAACCGAUACCAUUGGACCAUGGUUGGACGCGCUUACUUUCCUUACUUGGCUCGGAGCAUUGACGAACUCAGCCCUGGUGUACCUUUUCUCGCCGGAGCUUCUUCCUGGCGCUGUUUCCGUCUCCAACGCGAAUAUUGGAACUGCCACUUUUGAAGCAAACAUUUCCGAGACUCUGAACGAGAGUAAGUUAGCGGUUGAAGAGCAUUUAGUGUCUGCAUCCGGUGGUCUAUCACCCUCGUCUCUGCCAUGGGGUGUCGAUGGCAGUUCGUCUCCUGCUACCCUAUCUGCGACGAAGGAACUUUUGCUCAAAGCUGUUCUGGUCUCACUCGUUGCAUCCCACGGGUUCAUUCUUAUCCGACUACUAAUUCGCCAUGUAGUGGAGCGCAUGUUCUGGCGGGGAAGUGGGGAGGUUGAAGAGAGGGAACGUGAGGAUAGGGAGGUAAAGGUGCAGUUUUUAAAGGGAAAUGUCGCAAGCAAGGGUGCUCCUAAGUUUGUGGGCGAAGUGCUUAUUGAGAGGGAGGUGGGAGGAGAGCUGGUUGAUGGUGAGACUGCGACGGAUAGUAUGGAGUUUUGGGACCAUGAUGAAGGUAUCGAAGAAAUUCAACGCAUUUCCAAAGAGGCGUAA